AUGACGGCAGAUCGACUCCGGUCUCUGGAGCAGAACAUGGCCCAGAUUCAAAACAUGCUCAGCAACCGAUCAGAUGUCCCGAAUGCAACAGCUACUAAUCCUACGAGAGGCGCGACUCUCCAACAGGCUACGGCUACACGACACAGCAGCUCUUUCACAGACAAUCGAGCAGACCUCACGCCAGAAGAAAUUGAGACCGCCGCAACAUUGUACGCAAUCUACUGUGACUGCCAACCGCUGCCCUUGUUUGCGAUGAAGCACUUCACAGCCAAUUUUGCUUCUCGCGAUCCAGAAUUGAUCUACGCCGUCUCUGCGAUGUCAUUUCGAUUCAGCGAUACUGAAAAUCUUGCCGACGCGCGUGCUGUCGAACUACUUGAACGAAGCAGGCGACUAGUCAUGACGAAGGUGAUCGAAGGACAGGUAGAGCUUUCAACGAUUCAGGCACUGUGUGUACUCACUGUCGUGGAAUUCAAUGAUGGAGCCACCGCUCGUGCAAGUGCAUACAGCUCUCUAGCCUACGAUCUGGCACAGUCCGCGGGCUUGGCAGUCGAGAUGUACUCGCCCUACGACUCACAGAUGCUCGAGGAAAGACAUCACUGUCACUGGAGUUGUGUCUUGCUCAAACACCUUUUCGGCUCCAGCUCCAGCAAGCUGACUCUCCUGCCCAGCGAUCUAUCACCAAGCUACCCGCGGAGUGCCGAUCCACCAGCGGGGUCUAGUUCGAACAUCACUGCACCGGGUGUUCCACAGUCGGACGGUAUCGCCGAUCCUGCUACAACUGUCGCCGUCGAUAAGGGAAUCAUAGCUUCGGUGAUUGAGCUGAGCGAGACUUGGGCGAGAACCGUCCGCUAUGCGCUCCGUCGAGGCAAGCGACAGCCACUGCCAAAUUGGGCACCCGAGUCUGAAUAUCAACAGAUCAUGGGCCGGCUGAUGGAGCACGAGACAAGAAUGCCCUAUAAGUACAGGUUCAAGCCAGCCAAAUUUGGUGACUACUCUGGCGAGGAGAUCCAGCGUCAUCGGACAUUUUGGGCUCCAUGGUACCUGAACCAGAUCUUCUACCACGCAGUAUUGUGUCUUCUGAACCAUCCACUUGUGCUGGCCUUGCAUCUACGGUCUUUCAGAAUGACGAUGGUGCCUGAGAUAUUCUUACAGCACACCGAUGACAUGAUCCAGACGCACACUUCGUGGAUGGUACAUCUCAUCGACCAAGCGAAUGCCAAAGGAUUCGUCCCCUCAGAUCCAUAUCCGUCCUAUUGUGUGGCAGUUGUCGCUACCAUCUUCUUACAACAGAGCUAUGCUGACGAUGAGGCCGUUCGACGCAAUAAGCAAGAGAAUUUUGAUAAGUGUCUGAACUUCCUACGCACGUCUGGCAGAUAUUGGAAACGGAUUGCACAGCUUGCCGACAAAGUCAAUACGUUCCAGAAUAUUGUCGCCGAGUCUUCUCAGAACGCCGCAUCUGCUGCUGACGACAAGACUUACAUUGAUCUGAGUCUGUUCUGGGAGAUACUAGAGUCCUGCUUUACUUCCGAUCAGUCGGCUGCUGCCGAGGGGUAUUUUGGGCCGUCGCUGGUCUCUAAGCGUGCACACCGCACCUCCACCAACCUAGUCAGUGGACGCCUCCUGCCACGUCCGACCAGACUUGACCCGGAUAUGUCGACGACAAGCACACCUGCUAUGCCGUCUACGGUACCUCAGGACCAACUCCAGUCUGAUUCGACCAACUUUCCUUCUAUCGACGAUCAGCUGCAGGUCUUGGCGCAGAGCUACUUUGCACAGGGCCAGGACUUUGUGAAUCUCGAUGACUGGUGGUAUCCCGAACCGACCGUCACUUGA